AUGCUUUUUGCGAUAAUUCCCAAUAUUCCAGUCGAUGCUCGAUGGAAACAGAAUGGAGUGACUGUUGCUGGAGGUCAUGGAAAAGGCAGUACCACCAAUCAACUCUACAGCCCUUUUGGUCUCUUCGUUGAUGAUGAUCAAACGAUGGGCAUCGCUGACGGCUACAAUCAUCGUAUCAUCCAAUGGAAGAUGGGUGGUACGAAUGGACAAGUUGUAGCUGGUGACAAUGGCCGAGGAAAUCGAUUGGAUCAAUUGUAUUACCCAACCGAUAUGUUGAUCGACAAAGAGACGGAUAGUCUCAUUAUUUGUGAUCCAGGUAAUCGACGAGUUGUACGAUGGUCUCGUCGUAGUGGUACAACUCAAGGAGAAAUCCUCAUCAACAACAUCGAUUGUCGAGGAUUGGCCAUGGAUGAUCAGAGAUAUCUCUACAUCUCUGACGUCGAAAAACAUGAAGUAAGACGAUAUCAAAUAGGAGACAAUAAUGGAACUAUUGUGGCUGGUGGCAACGGCCAAGGUGCUGGUCUCAAUCAACUCACCUAUCCGACCUACAUCUUUGUCGAUCAACAGCAGACUGUCUACAUGUCAGACAAAAACAAUCAUCGUGUAAUGAAAUGGAAUAAAGGUGCAAAAGAAGGAAUUGUCGUCGCUGGAGGUCAAGGCCAAGGGAAUGCUCUAACACAAUUGUCGCAUCCUCAAGGACUGUUCGUCGAUACAUUGGGUACCAUCUAUGUGGCAGACACGGAGAAUAAUCGAUUGAUGCGUUGGCCUAAAGGAGCGAAACAGGGCACUGUCAUUGUGGGUGGAAAUGGUUCCGGAGAAGGAGCAAAUCAGUUCAACUAUUUCCGAGGUUUGUCCUUCGAUCGACAGGGCAAUCUCUAUGUCGCCGAUCGGCAGAAUAAUCGUGUUCAACGCUUUUCAAUUGAAUAGACUCGUCGCGAUGGAUUUUUUUUUGCGUUCCUUUCCUUUCAAAUAAAUCGCAUUGAAUUGGUGAAAUGAAUGUCUAUUCUAUUCGCGUGCGCGCGACCAGGAGCCAGCCUGGUCGUGUGCCACGGACACCAAGACGAUUCCUGGCCGGAUUUUUAGGGCCUACCCGGAAGGCCUGUAACUAACGAGGACCUAACCUCAAUGGACAUGACUCACCCACUCUCUACUAACACUCACUUUUCUUAGUCUCACCCUAAUCCCUCAAUCUCACUACCUAUUCUCAUCUCAAAAAAAAAAUUACUCACCGCGUCUGAUGUUGAUGACGCGAUGAUAUUGAUAACUGAAAGGAAUAGAAAAAAAAAUUUAAUCAAUGUUAUUGAAUAAAAUAGAAUGAGAUGGCUUACCCUAAUGUUAUCUUUUUCUUCAUUGUUUAUUCCCUAAUAUAAAAAAUAAUAAUAAUAAAAAGAUCAAAGGAGGCCUUACCCUACCAUCCUUACGAUCGUAAAAGAAAAAAAAUGUAAAACUGAUAACUACAUUUCAUUUUAUUGUCUGGUUUGUUGUUGA